CCCUUCUGCCAGUGUCAUAUUUUGUGUCAUGGAACGGUAAUUUAUGUUUUAAUUCGAUUCAAAUUAAUUAACCACCGCAAAAUGAACAGAAAAACUGGCAGCAUAGAAUUACUGGAGAUGGAUAAUGGAACCUUCAGUAAAAAUCUUACCCUAGAAGGUUUCAGAGCCGAAUCCAAAUCGAAUCUGUUAAAUAAACAGGACACAACGAGUUGGGGUAAAACUUCUCCUAGUAAGAGUUACUGUUCUUCGAGUUCUACGUCCACAGAAAAUGUAGUGUCUACAUUGGAACGAAAAAAGGCAUCUUCAAGUGAAACCGGUGUUACAUGUCGUCCAGAUGAUCCCCCUGUUCUUCCCGGAGAAAAAGUUACAGGUCAGGCUAGAGAUGUGACAUAUCUUUGUCCGUAUCACGGUCCUGCAAGGGGUGUCUUAACUGUGACUAAUUAUAAACUAUAUUUUAAAGCUGGGGAUAAAGAUACACCUUUAGUCGUAGAAGUUCCUUUAGGUGUGGUUUCUAGAAUUGAAAAGGUAGGAGGAGCGUCAUCGAGAGGAGAAAAUGCUUACGGGAUAGAAGUUUUUUGUAAAGAUAUGCGUAAUUUGAGGUUUGCGCAUAAGCAGGAGAAUCACUCGAGGCGAAACGUCUUCGAGAAGCUACAGACUUUCGCCUUCCCUCUUUCGCAUAAAAUGAAAUUGUUCGCUUUUGAUUAUUCUGAAACUUUCCCGGAAAACGGUUGGGCGGUCUAUGAGCCAAUAGCCGAAUUAAAGAGAAUGGGUGUUAAUAACGACAUGUGGAAAAUUUCGAAGAUCAACGAACAGUACGAAGUCUGUGAUAGCUAUCCGGCGGUCUGGGCUGUCCCCGCCCAAGCUACCGACGAAGACAUAAAAAUCGUAGCUAAUUAUCGAAGUAGAGGUAGGAUCCCGGUUUUGAGCUGGAUUCAUCCGGAAUCCCAAGCUACCAUAACGAGAUGUUCGCAACCUUUGGUCGGAGUGAGCGGCAAAAGAUGCCGAGAGGACGAGCACUACGUUCAGUUAAUAAUGGAUGCCAAUGCUCAGUCCCAUAAAAUGUUCAUCAUGGAUGCUAGGCCGAGUGCGAACGCCAUAGCAAACAAAGCCAAAGGCGGAGGGUACGAAUCGGAGGACGCCUACCAGCACGCCGAGCUGGUUUUCUUGGAUAUACACAACAUCCACGUGAUGAGGGAGUCUUUGCGAAAGCUUAAGGAGUUGUGUUACCCGAAUAUCGACGAAACGAAAUGGCUCUCGGGGUUAGAGUCCACUUACUGGUUGAAGCAUAUCAAGUGUAUCUUGGCUGGAGCCGUACGGAUCGUCGACAAAGUUGAAAGCCACAAGACCUCUGUUUUGGUACACUGUUCGGACGGAUGGGAUCGUACCGCCCAACUAACAGCCCUUUCGAUGUUGAUGUUGGAUCCUUAUUAUCGAACGAUAAAAGGUUUCGAGGUGCUGAUCGAGAAGGAGUGGGUCUCUUUUGGACACAAAUUCCAACAGCGUAUUGGCCACGGCGACGACCACCACUCGGACGCCGACCGCUCCCCGAUUUUCCUGCAGUUCGUCGACUGCGUCUGGCAGAUAACCCAGCAGUUCCCGAACGCCUUCGAGUUCAACGAUUACUUCCUCAUAACCAUCCUGGACCACCUGUAUUCCUGCCGCUUCGGAACGUUCCUGUGCAAUAGCGAGCGAGAACGGAUACAAGAAAAGUUGAAAGAGCAGACCGUUUCCCUUUGGUCCUUCACCAACAGCAACCUGGAUUUGUACAGGAAUCCGUUGUAUUGGGCGAACACCUUGCAGCAGAGGGUUCUGGUUCCUAUCGCGAGUAUACGACACAUAAAGCUGUGGAAGGCUUAUUACUGCAGGUGGAACCCCAGCAUGAGGACUCAGGAUCCAGUGUAUCAAAGGAUACGAGAGCUGCUGAAGUUGAAGGAGCAGCUGGAACAGACGGCCGAGGAGUGCAAGAGAGAGCAGCAGCAGAGGAUGCAGAGGAGCAACGUUUCGCCCACAUAAUCGUUAUAACGAGGUGGAAGAAGCGGGCGAUAGAUUUAUAUUCGAACAAUUUUAUAUUUUUUCUAAUAUACAAACGUUAAACGUAGUUUGAAACUAUGCCAGGUCCUCGUUUGUAUGUGUUUCAAUAAUGGAAUAAGAGUUAUGUUGUUUCUAAGACCAGCAAAAUUUUAUUUUAAUUUUUAUAUUUUUGUUUAACAAAGUAUUAUAUUUUAGUUUAGUUAUCUUAAUGUACCUUCGUA